GUUCCCUUCUGAGGAUGGUGACGAGCUCCUCUCCCCUCCGGAUUUCAGAUUUCCCUCCCCACACACACCUCCUUCCCCCGCCUCCCGACCAACCCCCGCUCCCUGAGGGGAGGCGGGCAGCCGCCGUACCUGGCGCCCUCUGCCCGGGGAGGAGCGCGCCGGUCCCGGCCCCGGCGACACCGGCAGCGGCACCGCGAGCAGCGUUGUUCUAAAGUGGAGUUAUGGCUCUUCCAUGCCUCACCCUUCUAUGACAAGUGAUGUACUUUGGUACGGUCCUUGUGGACAGACCUGUGGUGUUCAGCGGGGCUUCGGUGUGAUAGCAGGGGUGGCAGCAGCUCUCCAAACACCGCAUUGUUGCUCUUCAUGGUGCCAGGCUCCCAGGAGGACUUUGGCUUAAGUUUUCUUUCUCCUCCCUUCCUUCCCGUCAAGGACACAGACCUUGGCUAUAUUUUUCAUAGCUGUGUGAAGCUAGAAACCUAACGGAUGCCUGUGCCACCACCACCGCCGCCGCCUCCUCCUCCACCACCUCCACCACCUUCUGGAGGGCCCCCUCCUCCACCACCUCCGGUGAGUUCAGAACUACCCAAAUUACAAAAGGAUGAGCAGAAAGCUCGAAACGCGCUGUUGGCUGAUAUCCAGCAGGGAACUCGCUUAAGAAAAGUGACUCAAAUCAAUGACCGAAGUGCACCACAGAUUGAGAAACCCAAAGGAACUAACAGAGAUGGAGUUAGCCCAGCCGUUAAUAAGGGUGGCUCUCAGCAGCCCCUGGGAGGCUUAUUUGCUGGUGGCUUUCCCGUUCUCAGACCAGCAGGCCAGAGAGACGUGCCAGGUGGGAGGCCUGGGCAGCUUCCUGCAGUCCGGGCAGCGGCUCCCAAGGCCGCAGCCCCACCAAACAGCAAUGCAAAGGCGGGCAGCAGCCCCUCAAAUCCACCCAACAGCCCCUGGGCAGCUGGCCCACCGGAGCCUCCCAGCACCUCUCGGGCCAGCACCGCACGGCCCAGCCUGCCCGCGCCUCCUCCACCACCUCCGGCUGCCAGCAAACCUUCCCUCACCUUCCCUCCUCCUCCUCCCCUUCCCCCUCCAGCAGAAAGGCCUUCCAAGGGGGUAUCCCCCAACUCUGCUCCUCCGCCCCCGCUCCCUCCCCAGGCCGACAAGCCCACCAAGUUACCAGUAGGUGCUUCACACCUGCCGCCUCCUCCUCCUCCCUUACCUCCCUGUGGAUUUCCAGCCAGGACAACUGAUUUCUCCUCUGCUGCUUCCUCUCCAUCAGAAGCAAGGGAUUAUCCACUUCCCACACCACCGCCGCCACCUCCUCCUCCACUCCCCACAUUUCCCCCAGCCUCAAACAGGCUCUCCUUCCCACCUCCCCCAGCCUUCAACAGUGCUGUGAGCGGUGGUGACGUGCCCCCACCACUGCCCCCCAAGUCUCCCCACUUGCUGUCCCAUCUGCAUAAGCCCAGUAAUAUUCAGUCGCUCCCUCUCCCUCCCACCCCACCCCUUCCUCAGCCAGCAACAGUGGUGGAGACCAGGAAGAAGAGACCAGGCCGAGGCCCAGGAGCUGGUGCUGGGAAGCUAGCCACUCCUCCACAGCCUCCAGCCAGAUCACCGACGACUGAACUCACAAGCAAGUCUGCAGCCUCAGCCUGGGCAACAGUUCACGAGCCCUAUCCUCCACUCAAAAAUGGAAAUAUGCAUAUUAUUGAUGACUUUGAAUCUAAAUUUACUUUCCAUUCUGUGGAGGAUUUCCCCCCACCUGAUGAAUUCAAGCCAUUUCAGAAAAUAUAUCCCAGCAAGAUAGCUAGAGAUCCCUCUAAAAAUCCACCAUUAAGAACACACGUGAGAUGAGAAGAAUCUUCUGAUGCUUUCUGGACUGCUAUUAAAAAAUGGAGAACAUCAAGAUGAUAACGUAUGAAACUGAAGGGUCCCCAUUACAGUGACAGAAAUUACAUUUGAAUCACAAGUGCUGCAAUGUUAACAUUUUUAUAAGUCAGAAGAGAGAUGUAAAUGAUACUUUUGGAAGUACCUUGUGGUUAGCAUGGGCUUUUAAAUACUGUAUAUAUGUGGAUAUUUUUUAAACAAAGAAGCAUAAAAUUUAAAAUCUUUGUAGUGUUCAAACAAUUCUUAUCAUGCUGAUAUGUUACCUCGAAGAAUACUUUUUGCAUGAGGUGCCUGGAGUUCAUUUUUCUGCUUCCAUUUUCAAAUAUUUUAGUAAUCCUUCAGUUAUUAUUCAGUCUUUUUUUUCAGUAAGCUAUCAAAAACUAACAUGACAUCUUUAGUCUCUUUGUAUGCUUCUUCACUUCUUCUUGUUCUACUUGUGCUCAGAUGAUUGCAACAGAGUGGCACUUUGAAGAACAGACAGGCCCAUAAACUUCAUCGAGCAUGAAGAAGGAGGAGAUAAGGGGUUGUGGCUGCUGUUGAGCUACUUCCUAUUGAUUACAGAUCCUUAUAGGAUAGCAAACAUGUCUGAAGAAACCCAGCUGGCUAGGGUGGCCAUAGACCUGACAAAGAUGACGAAACUUUUCCAAAAUGGUUAAAGAAAGAGGAAGUUUUUCUACUGUAAGCAAAAAUGGUGUGUGUGAAUGCACAUACCAUCAAGUGAGUAUGAAAGGGCAUAUGAUGUCCUGCCUUUCCUCCUGGAAAGUGGAUAUUAUUAACCAUUUGUUUGACAAAUUCUCUUUACCCAGCAUUUAAGAGGCCUUUAAAUCAUUUAAAGUUGCUUGUAUUGUAAACAGGCAACUAGAACUCCUAUUGUUAGCCCCUAGCAGCAGUGAGGAUGCAUUGUCCAAAAUCCACCAUACAGAAUAAGGAGUCCCUGAAGUAGUGAUCCCUGUCAAAUGAAUUGGUUGAAAAAAACAAGGCAGCCAGGGACAAGACUUGAGCUCCUGCUUUUAAGAUGCAGCCUGUAGUGAGGUGUUUGUUGGGCUCAAUGACGUUCAGAUCAUGCAAUGUCCGCUUCCAGCAAGAAUGACACAAAUGCAGCAUUUCACUGCAUUAGGAAGAGCUGCCAUCAGCUUGUGGGAGGUGAUCCCUCCCCUCUACUCAGCACCAUUGAAGGCAUGGCUGGAGCGUUGUGCCCAGUGCUGGGCUCCCCUGAACAAAAGAGACAUGGACAUACUGGAGAGAAUCCAGCAUAAGGCCACCAAGAUGAAGGGACUAGAGCAUCUCUUCUGUCUGGAAAAGUCAUCUAUCUAUUCUAUCUCUUCUAUCAGAAGUCCUCUAUCUUUUAUCAGGAGUAGUCAACAUGGAUUCACCAAGGGGUGACCAACGUGAUUGGAUUCACCAGUUGCUUGACCAACGUGAUAGCCUUCUAUGGUGUCAUGACCGAGUGGGAGGCGAGGGGAGAGCAGUGGAUGUUGUCUCCCUUGACUUCAGCAAGCCUUUUGUCUUGCAUAGCAUGCCCAUAGUUAAGCUUAGGAAGUUUGGGACAGACGAUUGGACAGUGAAGUGAACUGAGAACCAGCAGACUGGCAGAGCUCAGAGAGUUGUGAUCAGCAGCGCAGAGUCUAGAUGGAGGCCUGUAACUAGUGGCGUUCCCCAGGUCUUGUUCAACUCUGUGACCAAGUGAGUCCUACUCUGACACACAUGCAUGCUUACAGUGUGGAGGUGGUGUAAGGGUAAGAAACAUUUAAACAUCUUGCCUGUAGGACUCCAAAGAAGCAUCAUUAGUCUUUUUCUAGCUUUUUAUGAUACCUUGUUCUUCGUGUCAAAAGAAAAAAAAAAAUAGCAAUGCUUUGACCAAUCCUUUCUGUUACCAGUAUUAUAGUUACUAAUAAAUAUGCAUGGAUACAGUAAUAAGCAGGGGUCAGCACAUACACUGCUUCUCAAACAACUGGAAAAGAAGUUUAAUAAUGUAUUAAAGAAUAUUUUGCUAUAUUAUUAAAAGUUGAUGUAUUGCUGCUUCUCAUCUGUUUUGGAAA